UCAUCGAAUAUCAACAGAAAAUACAAUCAGAAAGACAGCAAGAAAUCCAAAAACGGAUAAAAAAAGAAUUGGAAAAAUCAAAGUGUUCCAAAAGAGAGGUGACAGAAGUUUGGAAAUUGGCAGUUUUUGAUGCUUACGACAAAUGUUCCGAUAAAUUGCACAUUUUUACUGUUUGGAAACCUACAGAAGAUCAUCUACAUAUGAUUAAAGAAGGACGAACUAUUCUCGUUUACAAUGUACUACCAAAGAAAAGUGGAGAUCUUGCUUCGAACGCUCGGACUAGAUUUCAUUGUUUAGACGAGGAUAAUUCCAAGAGAUUCGAAGAAAUUAACAGACGUGUUUUGCCCAUUUCUUCUAUAAGUCAUACCACGGGGAAAGCGUUAUCGAAUGAAUUUGAUACCAUAGGAACAAUUGUUCGACUUAAAGUUAACGAUAACGAACAAGAAAUGUGGUUAACUGAUCAAAACCUCAAAUUGUUAUUUAUAAAAGUAAUGGAAGGUCCUAAACUGUGUUGUUUGUUCGACGGCCUUAACGUUGGACAGAACAUUGCCAUUUGGAACUUAGUUACAUUCGGUUUACAAGAUAAAGUGGCGCAGGCUAUUGCUAACCAAUAUACACUUGUUUCCGGUCAUCCUCAAGCCCCAUAUUUGCGGGAAGCUUUAAAAAAAUAUUCCGAAGAGGUCACAAACGUAAACGAUCUAGUGAAGGAGGCUGAUAUCAAAGUUGAAGAGUGCAUUAUCAGAUCUGAGUUCUUUCAAAAUAGAAAUUACACGAAACCGCUCUAUUCUUCGGUUUCGAUUAAUGUCAGCGAAAUAUUCGACGAGAGUUCCGAAGAUAACGCUUCGAUACCUGCGGGUCUGACCAAAACCGACGUUGCCAUGUCUCUCAUAAAUACCGACGAAUUCUGUUAAAAAAUUGUACAACUAAACCCGAACCAAAAAAUUACAUGUAAUUACCAUAAUUUUGUAAAAAUCAAUUAUUGAAAUGAAUUAAUAUAUCGUUAUUAAAAGAAAGGGAUUAACUGCAGUAAAUUUGUUAGUUGUUUGUAAAUUGUU